AUGGCUUUCGCUUCGUUCGAUAACAUGAACAACGCACUCACUGCCAGUUCCGGCGAACCCCUCCCCGACGGCGCAGCGUCGUCCACAGCACCUGGACGCUCCCCCGACUCCUCGUCAUUGAUUACUGGCCAAGCUCCCCUGGGCUGGCCGCCGGCCGCACCCAGCGGCGCCCAGUUUAGCUUUGCCAACUCGGCCCACCCCGUCGCUACAGCUCCGGGUGGUGACGCCGAAUGGGUAGCAGCGGGGACAGCAGGACCGGCAGGAGGUGCGGUCGGGGUCGGCGCCAGAAGGACCGGCGUGACCAAGUUCUUCAACGUGCUCAAGGUGAGUGCUUCCUCCCGUCGAUCUCUCAAAUCCUCCAUCGAGAGCACCUUCGAAACCAUGGACGAUUUAUGGAAUGAGUCGAGGUAUAGCGGUGCUGAUCCUGAGACUGGCUCUUUGAACUUUCGCAAGGGGUUCGGCUUCAUCUUGGACCACCGAGCAGACGAGCUCGGCGGCGACGAAGGUGAGCGGUCGCUUGCUGUGCAUCUGGUUCACUUCUUUGGCCUGGCAUGGGUUGAUGGGCCCGAUUGCCUUCUGUUUCCACAGUCUUUGUACAUUAUUCUGCCAUCGAAGCGGUGCAGAGCGGCACCGGCGGUUUCAGGUCCUUGCAGGAGGUCAGUCUCGUUCGCUGCCGGCGCGGUCGUGGUCUCGCGCGCGCCCCUCGACGUUUGUCUCACGUCCGAACACACUAACGCGGACGUCUUGCCACAUCGAUUGCGAUUGUAGGGCGAACUCGUACGUUGCUUUGUCGCGACGACCGGCUAAGAUCGCGCUGUGGUAACUGACCCUAUCUCCUCUCACGAUUAUUCAUCCCUCUCUAGGUUGAAUACAACAUCGUCCGCUCGGGCAAGGGCUUUCAAGCACAGAAUGUGACGGGGCCUGAUGGUACGUCUCCUUUCGUCUUGCCCACGACGACGGGGGGAGGUUUCGAUGUGUCACAAUCUACUCAACGGAUUCAAAAAGAAACAGUAUGCUGAGACGCCGACUCCUCUUUUGUAAUGUGUGCUAGGAUCGCCCUGCGUGGGCUCACCUCCGCAACCGUCCCCCAAAUCCUCGCCAGCGCGAGAUGGCGCCCGUCGUCAAUCCACGAGCGGCGCCUCCCAUCAGUCCCAUCGAUCGAUGCAGCCGCGCGGUCACUUUUCCAGGUCAAGCGUACAUUACGUCGGGCCACAGUAUUUUUUGCCGGUCCAGGAUCCUUACCUCGUCAACAUAGGCGGCUAUGGCGGCCCCGCAUCGACACGGCCACCUCCACAUGGAGAUCGCCUCGUAGGAGCGGCAGGCAUGGCGGCGCCUCCUUUUAAAGUUGGUGCCCACAGUUAUCGAUUCGUCGAAGUACCCCGGCCCCACCCAUCAUCACAUCAUCAGCCUGGUGGACCGGACCCGCAAAUGAUACUUGCUCAGACUGGCGCCGGCCAUGGUCACGACUAUGGGUACGGGCCAGCGCCACCGUUCUACUACACCUCCUUUCCGGCGCAGUACGAGGUGAGCUCAGCUGCGCCUCCGGGCGGCGCAAUGGCGUAUUACCCCUUGAAUGCGCAUACCGGCGGAGUUGCCAUGCCCGGAGGGCCGACACCGACGCAUGUUCCGGCUUCCUUUGGCGUUGCCAAAACGGGUGGGGGUGGGGGUGGUGUUGGUUCAUCGGACGAAAUGGAUCCUCCCGGCGGCGGAGGCGGGGGCGGCGGAAAUGGCACAGCAGCGGGAGGCAGUUCUCCGGUGGUCACGGGAUACAUUUACCCUAUCGGUCCUGGCACGGCCUACGCCCCUUCGCCGCCGCCGUCUCAAUCCUUUCAACCACAACCAAUUUCGUCAAGAAAUGGUACUACAGAAUCUUUGGACUCUGCCCCCGAUUCUUCCGCGGUCCCGCCUCCAGCGACGACCUGUGAUACCGUCUCUAAACCUUCGAACGAAGCUUCUGCUGCCGCCGUUGCCGCGUGA